AUGGCGCAGCAUCAGUCAUCAGAUUCCAGUAAUAGCGAUUCUCUCAACCAACCCCCUGCCCUCGAGGCCCUUUACAAUGACUUGGACGCUUUCAUUAACGAGCUUGGAGGAGAUGAAGCCAUGUCAGCUAUUCAAGCGCGCCAUUUCGCGACCCGAGGACAGCAACUGCAACGGCAACAAGUCUCAACACUCACUAGCAGUAUAAACGACAGCCGGGACUCGUUAUGCCCGGAUGAAGAUUCAUCUUAUUCGGGGUAUUCGCCUCUACUUGAAAAUUACAAGCGGCCGUUUAGCCAAUUCAGGGACAAAGAGCCAGCUCCAACAUCAUCAACACCACCACCAGUACCACCAUCAUCCGAACAAGAGGAGGAGCAACAAUCAAAGGAUCAUCAUCAAGAACAAGCAACUGAUAGCAGCAGUAGUAGCGAUGACGAAGAUGAAAAACCUUUAUCACAAUUGAUGCCAACAACAGCAAAGAAAGACAGCCUCUUAUCACCACCCGUAUCUCCUUCUCUUCUCGGCAUUUCACCCGCGCCAUCAUCAUCAUCACCAUCAGCAUCUGCUGCAGCUGGAGCUGCUGUAUCUCAAUCAAAAGGAUUGGAUUCACCUACCGCUCCAUUUCUUAUGCCUCGUACAAGUUCAUUAACCCAUCAACAACAACAACAGCAACAGCAACAACGUUCUUUACCGACAUCUCCCACCGGUGCUGCAGUCCCAUCCUCAGCUACAUCUGCCACUUUUACUCAACCACCUUUGUCUUCUACUUCCAUCGCUACCAAUGCUGUCAUCCCUUCAUUAUCAUUUCCUGAACAUUAUCGUCUUUCCGAGCUUGGUGAAAAAUUCAUCAUUGAAAUACGACAAUUGAAUGAGCAUCGUCGCAUGUUUUGUACAGCCGAAUAUCCAUUGAGCUUUACUGGUGAAGAGGCUGUGCAAAUCAUUGAAUCGAUUCUUCCAGCGGGUGUACCAACAGGAACAGCAUUACAAGUGGCUCGAGCGUUUAUGCGUACAUCUCCACCUUUGGUGGGUCCUAUCUCCUAUUCAGAAAAGUCACUCAAACGCAAUACGCUCUAUGAAUCAGCCAACGAGAUUUAUACACUUAUUGAUGACACGAUCGAUACCAGAACCCUACCCCAGAGCGUGCUUACGCCGUUGACCAGCUGCUAUACCCAGUUUUGUUUACCAGGUCAAGGUGGUUGUUAUGCACCAUGUUGUCCCAAUCGACUAGAAGAAGAUGAUGAGGAUGAUGAGAAUGCACAGGGUGAACGAAGAGCCAAGCUUGGACGACAAACAUCACUCAAAUCGGUGACUUCUUCGCAUGAUACGAGUUUUUCACGAGCAUGGUCAGCCAAUAUGCCUCGAGAUAUAUUGCAAAACACACCCGAGCCAGAGAUCAAGCGCCAAGAAGCUAUUCAUGAAAUCAUUUACACCGAAGAGGAUUAUGUACGCGAUUUGAAUCUGCUUGAAGAGCUUUUUGCAACACCAUUGUUAACAGCACAAUGCUUGGAACCAGAGCGACGAGAUGAAUUUUGUGAGCAUGUAUUCAACAAUUACAAGGAGAUCCUUGAUAUCCAUCGAGAUUUAUGCCGCGAUCUACGGGACCGACAGAAUGCUUGUAUUGCUGGAUCGAUGGGUGGUUUUGUUGAUCAAGUGGGCGACAUUUUCCAAAUGUAUCUCCCUCGAUUUAUGGCUGCCUAUGAACAAUAUGGCCCUCAUGUGGUGCUCGCUGAAUACGCUGUCAAAAAGGAAGCACAACAAAACAUGCUGUUUGCCAACUUUGUUCACGACACUGAAAAGCAAGCCGAAUGCCGCAAGUUGCCAUUCCGCCAUUUUCUGAUUCUGCCAGUAACACGAUUACAACGAUACCCUUUGUUGAUGGGUGCCAUUCUGAAAAAGACACCUGAUGAUCAUCCGGACAAGGCGUUCCUCACAUCAUGUUGCGACAUGUUACGAGAGGUGGCGAGUUGCAUGGAUCAAAAGACUGAGGAGACUAAAAAGGUGCUUCGAUUACAUCAAAUCAAUGAUGCCAUCCGAUACAAACCAGGCGAGGAGCCCUUGUAUCAACAAUUGCAAUUAUUGAAUCCUGCAAGACGACUCUUGCAUGAAGGUCCUCUCACGCGUCGUUCACACAUGGGUGUGGAAACCAUUGAUUUGCAUGUCUUUUUAUUCGAUCACUUGCUCCUCAUGACAAAGCCAAAAAAGAACAGCAGCACUGGAGAGGUUGAAUAUCACAUGUCCAAAAAGCCUAUUCCAUUACCACUCUUGCAAGUGCAUGAAGCAACAGAAGGUUUUGCUAUUGGUUUACGAUCCAUGUCAAGUACACUUUCAUCAACUGGAACAUCAACAUUGCAACAUUCGACUACCACUACCACAGGGCUCACUUCACCAACAGGAGGACUUGUCAGCACUAGCAGCAACAACAGCAGCAGUCCAAUGCUCAUCCAUCAUCUCGGUAGACAUGGUGGUGAUUAUCUUUUGUUUGCUGAAAGCUCAGAGGUGCGAAUGACAUGGAGAGAGAAAAUGGUCGAAGCCAAAGCUGCAUUGGAGCAAGCAUAUCCUGACAAUCAAGUAUUUGAAAUUCGGACUCUGAGUGAUACUACAUUUGCGGGAUCUGGUGCACAUAAUCAAGCGUUCAAUCACGGCAAGGUCACUUGUUCCAUUCCCUUUGAGGGCGCCAAUGGUAUUCGCAUGAUUGCAAUUGGUACCAACUUGGGUGUGUGGAUGGGAAUGGAAGGAGAUACAACAAGUAUGCGUCAUGUUUUGUCACUAUCGGAUAUCACUCAAAUGGCUGUGCUGGAACACGAGCAUAUUUUGGUCAUCUUGGCAGAUAAAACACUCUAUGCAUAUGCAUUGCAAGGACUGGAUCCUAAUGCUACUCCGCCCAAUCAAUCCAACAACAAUAAUCAGCGCCCAAGUCAGAAAAUUGCUCAACACAUUUCCUAUUUCCAUGCUGGUGUUUGCAACAAUCGUACCCUUGUGGUGGCCAUGAAGAAACGUGGAAUGGAUAGUCAUUUUCGAGCUUAUGAGCCUGUGUGUGGUGAUUUACGCGGCCCGCAAAACCUGAAAUACCUCACUGUAAAGUCCGGUCUCUUUGGUUCCAAACAACCACCACCAUGGUUCCAUAUCUACAAGGAAUUCUAUAUUGGCGCUGAUUCGAGAGAUGUCCAUUUGCUAAAGGCGCGUGUGGUGGUGGUGUGCUCACGUGGUUUUGAAAUCAUUGAUCCUGAACACUUGAAUAUGAACCGCAACCUACCAGACAUGACGCAUCCUGAUUUUGCAUCAAUCUUUAAAAGUAAUGCGGGCAACGACGACAAUAUUCGCCCACUUGGUAUGUUCCGAUGCAAUGGACGCUAUCUGUUAUGUUACGAUACGUUCGCUUUUCUUGUCGACAAUCAUGGUGGGCUGGUCAAGAACUCGUGGAUCGAGUGGGAGGGCAAUCCUCAAUCCAUUGCCUUUUGCUACCCAUACGUUGUUGCUUUUGAUCCAAGGUUUAUUGAAGUGCGACAUGCUGAAACUGGCCAAUUAAUACAGAUCCUUGCUGGUGAACAUAUGCGCUGCCUUCAAUUCACUACCCAAUCUGGAAUGCUGGCACCCGUCAUUCAUGGCUGCAUGGGGCAUCCUUUCAAACCUGGUUAUCAAUACGUCUUUCAACUUGCCGCCACAUUUCAACCUAUACUCUAA